GUUUCUCUGUCCUUCAUUUCUUCUCCACACUGUAAAGUAAACACUUUCUGCAGAAAAAAGAGUGAAAGCUGCAUAUAUGUUUUCAGAGGUUUGAAUAUGCUUAAUGUUUUUUCUAUGUCUCUUCUCUAUGCUUCUUGUUGUGCCUCUUGCAUGCAACUCCAACAACUUGAUUAGAGACACACAAUAACUAUGUCAAACCUAUGCAUGAGUGUUAAAUCAAAAUGAUUUUGGGUUGUGGUUUAAUCCACUGAAAAAGAAGAUAUUAGCAUGCAAUGAAAUCUAAGAGAGGAAAAGAGAGAGUUCAAGUUGAAGAGAAAAACAUGAUGAACAAAAUGAGGAAAGUUAGAAUUUUGUAUAGUGAUCCUUAUGCUACAGAUUAUUCAAGUGAAGAAGAAGAUAUGUUUUUGAGAAAUGAGUAUCAGUUAGAUGGUUCUAAGAGGAUUGUGAAGGAAAUUUUUGUUCCAUUUAUGACCUUAGAUUAUGAGAAUAAGAAGAAUGCUUUGGAAGAUUUUUUUCAAUCAUCUCCAUCAUCUGUGCUUGAUGUCACUGUCACAGCUACAGAACCUGCAAAGGAUAUUAAUGACAUUAAUGGUUCGGUCAAAGAAAGUAAUGUCAAUGAGUUAAGAGGUGAUGGAAAAAGAGGAAAGGUAGUGGAAGGAGUUUGUAAUACAGAAGAUAACUCAUUUCUAUAUUUGCUAGAGGAGGCAAAUGUGGCAUCAUUGGCUUGUCAGGAUCUUCAUUUUUUGGAUGAAAUGGAAAUGUGGCUUGGUGAUGGAUUUUGUAACUUGUUGGAUAAUCAAAUUGAAUGUGGCUCUAUGUGGAAGGUGGAAAAUGAUGAAGGUGGUAGCAUUCUUCCAUAUAUUGAUUGUGAUUUCAAUGAUCAUGAGCUAGAUUGGUUUGAUGAAACUCCUAAUUGGGAUUGCCACUAAAAUAUGCAUUUAUCUAUUCUACAGAUAAUCCGAUGGAAUGCCAUACAUCUGUUUUCCUAAUCUGAAUUUGUUGCCGGACGCAUUUUCACGUAUUGGACAAAGAUAGUCCGGUCUAGAUUUCAAAUUUGAUAUCUUAUAGAAAGAUAAAAUUUGUUUGCUUUUUGUCCAACCCGAUUUCAAUCCAACAAUUAUCUAUAUGCUGAUGGCAUGAAUGCGUGAAUUUGUGACCGCAACAAACUUAGUGAGAAAAUACCUAUUGUGGUAGUGUAAAAUUGAUAGCUAUAAUUACAUAGCAUGUAUGUGCAAACAAA